UUCUCUCAUUUAUAUUUGUAUAUUGAUUGAUCUUGAAGAUUUACGUUACAUACUUGAAACAAAAAAGUAGAACAAACUAAUAAGUCGUAGUCAUUCUAUUCUCUUUUUUUUCGUAUACAUUCAACGUGUGAAAACUGAUAAUAUUGAACUUUGUACGCGUAAUGAUAAUGAUGUUGAACAUGCUCAUAUCAAAUUAAGAACCCAUUUAUUAUUGAUCAUCAUCAUCACCAUUGAAAUUUGCUACAAAUGAUAUCCAACCAUUGAAAAAUUCUCAAAUAAAUUCUUUUUUUACAUAUAAGCCAAGUUAUGGUUAACAUGAAACAUUUGUUAUUGUUUUUACGGAGGCAUUUCAAACUAUCUUCAUAUCUUAUAUUAAUCUUUGCAUUUUGGUUGACUAAUUUAACCGAGGCCAAAAGUAAAUUAUCCAAUUAUCAAUCAAUAUUAUGUGCCGAUAAUCAUUGCAAAGAACCUAUCGCGGAUGGUAUCACCACCAUACGAUAUCCAUCACCGGAUAGAAAUUUGCUAUCAUUUAAAAAAGAUUUAAAUGUCAAAAUAUUUGGAAAAACUGAUGAUAAAAUUUACUAUUUUGCCGAGGUAAAUAAAAAACGUGGAUUUGUGCCUGCAAAAUUAAUUAAAGAAAUUAAUAUUCAUUAUGAAGAAAAUAAACUCAGUGGUGUUAAAUUUGAUUUUGAUGAAUAUGAAAAAUCAAUAAAUUCCAUUGCUGCUACUGGUGUUCAUGAUAAUAAUAAUGGUCGUAUCAAUGAUUCGGUUAUAUUGAGUUCCUCCAAUGUUCAUCAAGUGCCCAAUGAUUCUAUACAGCAACAAUCAAAUACAGCAACACCAUUUGUUUAUUCACCAAAAGUUACCGUCAUCGAUGGGACGACAAUCGAUGAAGAACUUCUUGGUGGAAUAACAGCCACUCCAUCACCAACAUUUGUCCAAAGCUCUGUAACUAAAACUGCAACAAUUGAAGCAAAUUUUACUAAUGUCGAUGAACUUGACAAAGAAACAGUUGUCGAUCAAAAUGAAAGUGAACUAAACAAAGAACAUGGAUCAUUAUUGAAACAAUUGGGUAAACCAAUUGUUCAAGAUACUACUGCCGAUACAAUUGAUGAUGUAACUGUUGUAGGUGAAGAUUCAUCAGAAAAUACUGAUACUGAACCUUUAGAUCAAACAGAAAACGUUAUCAAUACAAAUGAUGAUGUAGUUAAGGAGGAAAAAGAAAAAAGUAACAAUAAUGAUAAUGUCAACUCUAUUAAAACUAAUGACGAUUCGACAACUCAUCAACAACAAAACAAUAUCACAUUAACAGAGGAAAAUCUUGAAGUUGAAGAAAAUCCUGUUGAAAAUAUUGAAUCUGAGACGACAAAAGUUGAAACAUCAAAACAAGAAACUGAUGUUCCAUCGAAAAUGGAUGAAUCUUCAAUCAUUACGGACCAAAUCAUAAACAAUCAGACAAAAACCGAUGAUGUAUUAAAACAAGUGGAUGCUGAAAAUAUAAUGAUCGAAACACCAAAUGAAAAUUUAUUAAAACAAGAAGAGGAAAAAGUAAAUCCAAGUGAACAAGAAGGUGAUCUUAAGGAUGAUAAAAUUAGUGAUGAUGAUAAGGUAGCUGCUGACUCAACAAAUAACUUGAUUUCUGAAUCAAUUGAGCCACAAAAACAAACUGUUGAACCUGCAUCAAAAUUGCCCGUUGGUGUUGAUAGUGAUCAUCAGCAAAAUAAUAUUGAAUCUCAACAAGAAAAUAUCAGAACAAAAAGAGAUUCGUCAGAUUUGGAGCAACAAUCAAAACCAUUGGAAGGAGUUGAAGAAAAUAAUAAUCCAAAAAUUACAAAUGUUCAUCAAUCUUCGAUAUCAUUUCAAUCAUCAAUCGUUUCAAACGACUCUGCUAAUGAUAAUAAUGUUGAUUCAAUAUCACCACAUUUACCGUCUUCUUCACAGCCAUUAGCUGCAGACAUUCCACAUAAUUUACAUCAACAAGUUCACGUUCCAGCCCAUCAUCAUCAUAAUCAACAAACAAACACUGAAAAUCCUAAUGUUUCUAACCAAGCACCAUCUCCACCAAAUGCAGACUUUUCUAAAACCAAUGAUGAUCAAUUGAUUGAACAAAAUGUAAAACCGACAAUCGAUUCACUUCCCGACAAUACUCAGCAAGUUAAUACACAUCUUCAUCCAAAAUUGCUUCAACGUCCUCAUGUAGAAUCUGCUGAUGAUUUAAAAAGUGCAGUGAAUGUUGAUCAAAACAAUCCACCUUCAUCACAACAACAUCAUUCUGACAAUCAAAAACAAAUGCAGGAACCUAGUUCCAUUGAUUAUUCAACCAAUUCUAAUGCCCAUUCUGAUUAUCAUCAAUCUCAAUCGUCGAAUUUUCAUGCAGAAGGCAGUGUUUUAAACUCUAAACAUAAACCUUUUGUAGAAAAUAGAAAUAUACCACAAGCGCCACCUGUUGAUAAUUCAGUUGUAUCGCAAAGUGUAUUAGUGAACCCAGUUGUUCAUUCGGAACAAUAUCAACAGCCGGUUAAUAAUAAUAUUUUCAAAAGGAAAUUAUUAGCCGAAAGAGUUGGUUUCGUUAGCGUCAUCAUGGAAAUUAUACCGGAUGAAGUGGAACUUUUCUUUGAAAGUUUCAAUAUUUCAUUACAUGCAAUCAUAUUCACAUCGAUCGUCGGCUUUUUCUGGUGCUUAAUGAAAGUGUUGAUAUUUUUUGUAAGCUCAUCGAAAAAAGUUCGCGAAUUACAAGAUACAAUUUGUCAAACACAAAGAAAGCUUUAUUAUUUCGAAGCGGAAAAAGAUAAAAUCAAAGAAGAAUAUGUAGUUUGUCGUGAUGAGUCAUCGAGUUUUAAAGACAAUCUUCAUCGAAUUGAAAAACGUAAAUAUCUAUUGGAACAAGAGAAUGAAAAACUAAAGACUGAAAUAAUGAAUUUAAAAAAAGAUAAUUCAUCAUUAAAAAUACAAGCAGAAUCAAAUCCGAUAAUGAGUUCGAAAUUAGAUCAAGUUUUGGCUGAAGUAGACAGAUUUAAACAAGAAAAUCAUGAGCUUUGUUCUAAAAUUGUCGAACUUGAAACACAAAUCGAUACACAUUUGCUGACAAUCAAACAACAGGAAAGAACAGCUCGUUCAGAUAAAGAAGAGAUUGACAAUCUCAAUGAUCAAUUAGUGACAUUAAAUGAAGAAAUUGAAAAACUCAACGAAACAAUUAAAGAAUUAGAACAGCAAUUUACCAUUGUACAAUCGGAAAACACAAAUCUCAAAGAAUCACAGCACAAGCUUAAUGAAGAAAUAAAAGACAUGAAAGAUGAGUUACUUUCAUGUGAAGAAAAAGUCAAAAAUUUUGAGAAUGAAUGUAAAUCACUGGAAAAGCAGCGAAAAACAGCGAAUGAAAAAGUUGAUUCAUUCUUGCAGGAACUUGAAAUCAAGAAUUCUGAAAUUAUUUCAAUGCAAACUUUAUUGAAUAAAUUGAACAAAAACAUGACAAAAAACAAAGAACACGAUCGUCAACGAAGAUCGACUGAUUUGAAUGGUGAUCUUGCAAUUGGUAGUGUGAAUGGUGAUGACGGUGUUGAUCAAAAUGUGGUCAAUAAUAAUACUAAUGAACAAACUAGCGGUGGUGAAGAUGCAAUUUGUCUUCAGGAUGUUGUUCAAUUGCAACUUCGUUUGACACAAAUGGAAGUGGAAAAAGAACAACUUAGACAAAAAUUUGAAGCCUUACAAAAACAAAUGAAAGACAUUAAUGAUGAAAUAGAAUCAACAAGAGAAAUCAAUCAACAAUUGAAACAAAAUGCUGAAAAUGCUUUACAAGAAAAAUUCAAAGCUGUUACCGAAUUGGAAGUACUGUCCAAAUAUUAUAAAGAAAAAGAGCUUGAAUAUGCUAAAGAUAUUGGCGUACAUAAAGUCAAACAAGAACAACAAAGUGAAGAUGUUGAAUCAUUAUCAUCGAAAUUGGCGGUUACAGAAGAAGAAAACACCAUUCUUAAGGAUAGAUUGAAAUCAAUUAAAAAAGAAUUAGAAGAAACUGAACGUCGUUACAAAACUCAAUUGAAUCAAUUGGAAAAACAUUCACAUGAGAAUUGGAUAGCUGCACGUGCUGCUGAACGAAAAUUCGAGGAAACAAAAGCUGAAGCAUCCGCUCUGCGACAAACUUUAUCACAAUCGGUAAAAUCUCCACCUCCUGGUGAUCUUUCUUUUGGUGGAUAUCUAGACGAUACGGCCAGUUCUGUUAGCUCAUUACCCGAAGUUCUUAAUAGUUCAUUACCGGUGCCUCCCCCACCACCACCACCUUUUCCAUUUUCGUCAUUAUUUGCUUCAAAUAUCCAUCCACCACCUCAAAUUCAGGGGGUACCUCUACCUACUUCGGCAAAUCUUUUCGAUCUUAAUGAACAACAUAAUGUUGCAGCUAAUUCGAAUACCUAUUGGAGUUCACAAUCUGCUGCUCCCACAGCAGUGACGGCUCAAGGUCCGGUUGUUCAUCAAGCUCAAAGUUCUAUAUCGUCCAAUACAUCAAAUACGUUUGCAUUUGAUCCAUCCAAGAGCAUGCCACUUGUUGCCUCGACUGAUAUUAGUAUGGCAUAUCCACAAGUCAAUCCAAUGUCUCACCAUCAUCAGCAACAGCCACAGCAAUCAACACAUUAUGGAUCGACAUCAAGUAUCAGUGGUCAUCAACAGCCACCAUCCAACCAUAAUAUCCAACAACAAUAUAACACUGAAAAUUCUUAUGGUGGCCAUUACCAACAACAACAUUCGUUUCAUUCCAGUCAAUUGGAUUUGACACGAAAUACUUAUUCGCCAGCAAUGUCUCAACGUUCGACACAUACACCAUUGACUACGGCAAAUAUGAACUCAAUUAAUUAUGAUAUGCAACGAGCCACACCAGCUUCUCAAUGUAAUGUGUCCCAGCCUAAUCCAUAUGGAUCGCCUUUACAACAACAUCAGCCUAAUCCAAAUCCAUUUAGUGUUAAUUAUUCUACAACUGGCUAUACUCAACAACAGCAGCCACCACCGCCUACACAUGAUGUUUAUUCGAAUUCUCAUCAUCAUCAUCAUCAUCAUGGACAACAAUUAUACAACACUGGUCAGCAGCCGCAGCAACAACAACAACAACAACAACCUGUGAUCGAUCCAAAUAAUCAGCAUUCAUAUUCUUCAUCAACAAUAGGGGCAACUUAUACAAAUCAGCCGCCAAUUUCGAGUCAAUCAAGACCUCAAUCGGUCCAUAAUCAGAUGGUUUAAUGGGGAUGAGAAUCCAUGGAAUGUGUUGUUUUUUAGGCAUUGAAUGAAUUUAUCCAUGUAGGCAAUAUUUUUUUCUCUUCACUCUCUCAAUCCAGAAUGAUUAAAAGCCAACGAAAUAUUAUUUAUUCUAAUUUGGAUGUUUAUUUGUUUGUCUUUGAAUGUAAUAAAAUAAUUUCACAAUCUUUUAUUGCAAAAAAA